AUGCCCAUCAACACUUCAUCCUCAGACACAGGGGUCACAGGUGCAGCCAAGUUUGUCACUUCAACACUUGGGAAUACCGUAGGUGGAGUGACGCGAACGGUAGGAGGUGUUGCAGGCGCCGCCGGUCGAGGCAUUGGAGACACCAUCACCGGUGCCACAGGUUCAGCUGGGCGUCCGCUCGGCGACGGCCUCAAUAAUGCGGCAACAGGCCUCGAGAACGGCACCAAGAAUGUCGCACGUGGAGUCGAGGACGCCGGCGAAUGGAGGACUGGUGCUAAACGAAUCUAA